AUGUCUAAAUAAGAUGUUAAAUCAACUUAAUCUACUUUAGCUGAAUCGAUGCGUUUUAGUGAAGUACCGCUAAGCCAUUAUAAUUUCAGCAUGAAGGUAGGAACAAGAAUCUUGUAGGUGCAAAUUGAAAUUACAUCUGAUUCUCUCAUCAUUGAAGCCCUAGAAACAGCCAUUGAUUAUUUUGUUCAAAUUUAUUAUGAUUAAGAUAUAAAUGAAAAAUUAGACAAUUAUGAAGUGUAUUCUGCUGAUCCAUAAGGAAAUCCAUUAUAAACUAAAUUUAAAACAGAUUAACUUCUUUAAGAAAUUGAUUGUUAAAAUUUUGCAUUAGUUGUUAAAAAAAAAGGGGCAUUAUUAUCUAUAUUAAAAUAACCACUUUAAAAAGAAAUUAGAAUUACUGAUAAACUAGAAAUUCCUAAAUUUAGAUAUAAUACCACCAUUGCUAAAUGA